AUGAUAUUAAAUGAAUUAAAUAUUUGUAUUCAGGUAAAAUGCAUCUCUUUUUGUUCUUCCAUUUUUUCUCUUAAUACUAUAAAGCAACAGAAUUAUGAUAAUAAUAGCAUGAAAAAAAAAAAAUUAGAUGAAUGUGAGGAAAAAGAUAAUCUAAAAUAUAAAAAAUUAAUAGGAAAUGUAUAUAUUGGUAAAGUUUUAAAUGUAGGGAAGAAUGUGGAUAAUCUAAUAAAAGGAAAAAAUGUAAUAGGAAUAUUUACUGUCAAUAGUAAAAUUAAGAAUGACGAAAUAAUGGCACCUUACUAUGAUAUUAUUGAAUAUCCAUGUAAUGAUUUAAAAAGCGAUUAUUCAUUAUGUGCUACAUUUCGUUCUCUAUAUGAAUCUUAUUUAUGCUUUAGUGCUAUACAUUAUAAUAAAAGAUUAAAAUAUAUAGCCAUGUUUGCUGACAAUAUUUUACAAGUACUUCCUCUUUUAAGAAUGUUAUUAAAAAAUAAAUAUUUCAUACUAAUAUUUUUAUCAGAAGAAAAUUACCUUCAAAAUAGGAUUAAAACAAGUUUAGAAGAAUUUAAUAUAAAUGGAGAUAGUAUUAAAGAACGAGUUUCUAUAUUUAGUAUAGAAAUGAAUAUUCCUGAACAUAUACAUACUAUAACAAGUAAUCUUGGGGUGAAAAUUAUUGUUGUUUAUCCUAAUUUAAGUAUUGACAAAAAUAUUUUAAAAAAAAAUAUUUUUACAUUAAGUUCCUUAAAUGCUAAUAUAAUAAUCACUUAUGAAUUAGAUUUUUUAAGUCCUCAUGAAUGUAAACUAUUAUUUGAGAAGGGUAUUAAAAUACAUUUUUUCAAUGUUAAUAAUUAUAUAUAUUAUGAUUAUUUCAAAAGAAUGGAUUCUUUCAAUUAUGUUUUGUUAUCCAUUUUAAACAAAGAUAUUGAUAUACCAUUAGUAUCCUUAAAUAAAAAGUACUUUUCAACUAUGGAGGAAAUAUUUUCAAAUAUGCCCUAUGAAGGAAGUUACAAUAUUUAUAUUAAUAAAAAUAUAGAAUGUUAG